AUGUCGCAGCUACCGGCGUUGGCUCCCCGGCCACCAGGGGAGACGCCAUCCCUAACAGACAGACAAAAUUCCAAAGAACACACAGAAAGAGAAUGGGAGGCUCACCGUGAGAUCAUUGAACGUUUAUAUAUCGAUGAAAAUCGAAAACUGGCCGACACCAUGACCAUCAUGGUAUCGAAACAUGGGUUUGCAGCGACAGAGCAAAUGUAUAAAAAGCGGCUGAAGAAAUGGAAUGUACGCAAGAGAGCGUACCGCAAAGUUCCAGAUAGCCCUGUGGCAUCCACUCCAGCGCCAGUCUCAGAUCACACAAGUGCAAGCCCGAUGGAAGUGGACUUGCAACAUCAAACACCAAAUUAUGGAUCGCAGCCGGUUUGUACCACCAUUGCACGAACCACGAGAUUCGGAUCCUAUGCUGGCCUUGAACUGAUUCUUGAUACUGUUCGAUCCUGGAGCUUGUGCAAACUGGAGUCCAGUGAUGCUGCACCGGACCCCAUGGUGAGAUAUCUGGCGAAUCCGAACCAGCCUCCCAUUCAGGAUAGCCGGACCAUGUAUCGCACCUUUGAACUAGUUUUCGACCUGUGGUGUCAUGGCAAGGGCCAACUCGCUGGCAUGGCGGCAAGAAAGGCAUUUUACAUUCUCGAGUUUGUCCUCACGGAAGAUCAUCCAGACCUGAUUUGGCACAUGCUGGAUACAAUCUACGAUAUGGUUGACAGGGGCCACAUUCAGCUUCUGGGAAUGUUUCUCGCACAUGCGAGUCAACUCUCAAGAAGAUGCCUCCCUAGGGAACAUCCCCUGGUCAAGAUUCUCGAGCAGCUCAUAAAAUGCGACUAUCAAUCCCAGGAGGGACGAGAGCAAGUGUGUUACCUCUUGCGCACAGCCUGGCUACGCAAUGUAGAUAUACUAAGCGACCACAUUGGCUCCCUGGCAUCCAAGCACCUUUGGCUCUACGAACAACUCAUUUGGGAUGGCAGAACAAGACUUCGCAAGGAAUGCGAACUGGCAAGGAUACAGGGCACAAUGAUGACGGCAUUGACUGACUUACAUCGACAUACGGACGCGGAUUCUCCAGUGGGCAAAUUGGACAGACUGCGCAUUAUGGCGCUCAUGUUAGAAUACACACAAAUGGAUAUUGGCGAUAGACAAAAGGCGGAAAAAUUGGCAAUAGACUUGCUAAAUCACACCUCAGAGGGUGAACAAGGGAGUCGCUCGAAUGCAAGGUUUCACGCAUAUGCCCGCAAGAUGCUGGCCAGACUGCAGGAACACCGGCAAGAUUGGGCACAGGCAGAGGAAAAUCUUCGAUAUGCGGUUGAGAAGAGGGAGACUGCCCAUGGCACGGGCACCGAUUUGCGAGUGAUACGGGACAUCGCCGCCUUAAAAACCCACCCCGACCGCGUCCCCUCCGACUCCCCAGAACGCACCGCCCGCACACGCAAGUUCCAGCUCGUCAACGACGCAUACUACACCCUCUCGGACGCCACCCGCCGCAGAGACUACGACGCCCAGCGCAGGCUCUUCACCCCGUCCACCCCGGCAGCUGACCCCUUCGAAGAAGCCGACGAAGAGAUCCCGCCGCAGCCCAACACCACCGGCCAAAACGCAUACUCAUGGGCGUGGAACUUCUUCAACAGCCACGCCACGGGGGAUGCGAACAAUGCCGAGCGCGAGCGUACGGAAAACGCGCAGUUCAGCGAUGUAUUUGAGGAGAUGAUGCGCGAGGAGGGCAUGGCGGAGGAGGGCAGCAAUUCGCCGACGGGCAAGUUUUGGAGUUUGGUUGGGGGCUUGAGCGGCGGUGCGUUGGGCUUCAUUGUUGCCAAUUUUCCGGGUAUGCUGGCGGGUGCGGUGGCGGGGAAUAGGCUUGGUGCGGUGAGGGAUGCGAAGGGGAAGAGUGUGUAUGAGGUCUAUUCGGCUCUUCCACAGGAUGAUAGGGCUAGACUUCUUAGCCAGCUUGCUACACGGGUGUUUAGCCAUGUUGCUGGAGUGUAA